UUAAUGGAUGCUGGGUUAAAUGUGACAUAUAUAACUCUAGAUGGACACGUGGAGGUGCACAGAUACAGAUAUCUUUAUUUUGUGAUCAUGUUGACUGCAUAUAUUCUGAUAAUAUGCUGCAAUGCCACCAUUACAUAUCUCAUUGUUAUUCACAGUGACCUCCAUGAGCCCAUGUACAUGUUCGUUGCUGCUCUGUUGAUCAACUCUAUUCUUUUCAGCACUAACAUCUACCCAAAGCUUCUGAUUGACUUUUUAUCUGAAAAACAGAUCAUCUCUUAUCCAGCUUGUCUCUUUCAGGCCUUUAUAUUUUACUUUUUAAGCUUUUCAGAAUUUUUAUUGCUAGCAGCCAUGUCCUAUGACAGAUAUGUGUCCAUAUGUAAACCUCUGCAAUAUCCAAUGAUCAUGAGAAAAACAACAGUCAGUGUUUUGCUUGCUUUAGCCUGGCUUGUGCCUGCCGUUCACCUUAUGGUACCUGUUGUGGUAGUUGGUAAAAAUAAGCUCUGUAGCUUUAGUCUGAAAGGAAUUUUUUGUCACAACUCAGGUUACGAUCUUUACUGUGUGACCUCCAGCGAACUGUCUGUAUUCGGUGUAAUUAUUCUAUGUAACACUGCACUUUUCCCCAUGCUCUUUAUAGUUUUCACAUACACAAGAAUACUCAUAGUAGCUCACCGGAGUUGUGGAGAAGUCAGGAGGAAGGCUGCACAGACCUGUUUGCCUCACUUGCUGGUUUUAAUCAACUAUUCUUGUUUGCUCACGUAUGACGUUACUAUUGCUAAACUGGAGUCAGAUUUUCCAAAGAUUGCACGUUUUAUAAUGACACUGCAGACUGUGACAUAUAAUCCUCUCUUCAACCCAAUCAUAUACGGCCUGAAAAUGCAGAAAAUCUCCAAACACUUAAAAAAGUUGUUCUCCCGGGCCAAACCUGUGUCCAAAAGGACUGUAAGGGGGUGGACGCAGGAGGCCGAAGAGGCCCUGCAAGACUGCUUUGACUUCACAGACUGGGAGGCCCUCUGUCAGCCUCAAGGGGAAGACAUCAGCAGCAUGGCAGACUGCAUCACCGAAUAUAUCAAAUUCUGUAAGAAUAUUGUCGUACACCCCCGGACUGCCCGCUGUUUCGCCAACAAUAAGCCAUGGAUCACCAGCGGCCUGAGGAGUCUGCUGAACGACAAAAGGAGAGCCUUCAGGUCUUGA